AAUAAAAUGUCAAAGACGACAAAUAUGUCGACCUGGACAUUUAAACAAAUGGUAUCAGCUGUGUUUGUUUUCAGCGCUUGUAUACAAAAUGUCGCCGUGGGUAAAAAUGUCGUGUGUUACUUCAACAACUUGGCGCAGCAUCGACCGGGAAGUGGGGCGCUGUUCGCUAGGGACAUCAACCCUGACUUGUGCAGUCACGUGAUCUUCGCCCAUGCCCAGCUGUCUGGGAACAUUGUCUUACGGAGCCAGGAGAACGACGACACAACUGAUGGCCAAUGGAGACAGCUAACCAGCCUGAAGAAUCGUAACCCCAGCUUGAAGACACUGUUGUCGGUGGGGGGGAUGACCCAGGGACCAGCGCCAUUUUACACCAUGUCCAGCAGCAAGAACAACAGGCUAGAGUUCAUCAACACCACCAUUUUGCUGCUGCGGAACUUUGGAUUCGAUGGCCUUGACAUUGACUGGGAAUAUCCUGGCGAUAUUAGUCCUUUAGACAAGCCCUUUUUCACAGCUCUUAUUAAGGAACUUAGAGACGCGUUGGAUAGUGAAGUUUUUUCUAGCGGUCAGCCCCGUCUUCUGCUGAGUGCUGCCGUACCUUCUGCCAUAGACAAGGCAUCUUUGGGCUUCAAUGUCACGGCAUUAGACACGUAUUUGGACAUCAUCAACAUCAUGACGUACGACUACCACGGCCCGUGGGAGGCUGAGACUGGCUUGGCUACACCACUGCAUUAUGGUGACGGUCUGGAUGUGGCCACUACUGUUGACUGGUAUAAACAAAAUGGCGCCAGCACAACCAAGAUUCAUGUCGGGUUGUCGUUCUUUGCCCGUACGUGGACGCUGAGCGACUCGUCCAGCACACAUGUUGGAGCUGCUGCUAACGGAGGCGGCACCAGUGGCACCUACACCAGCGGAGGCGGCACCAGUGGCACCUACACCAGCGGAGGCGGCACCAGUGGCACCUACACCAGCGGAGGCGGCACCAGUGGAACCUACACCAGCGAGCCGGGGGUCUUGGCCUACUACGAGGUAUGUAGUUUGAUAGGCGCGGGCUACACGGUAAAAACAGACCCAGUUGGCCAGGUGAAAUAUGCUUACCUGGCCAAUCAGUGGAUGACGUAUGAGGACAGAGAUACUCUUAACGUCAAGCUCGAGUGGAUCCAGAGAAACAACUUGGGCGGGGCGGUGGCGUGGGCUCUAGACAUGGACGACUUCAGCAACCAGUUCUGUAACCAUGGCAACUGGCCCCUCCUGAGCCAGGUGUCCAGCAAACUUUCUAGCCCUACCACCUCCAACCCAACAUCUACCACGCCAUCACCAACAGCCAUUCGGACAUCAUCAGCAGCGAGGGACACAGGGGCUACAACUGUAUCAACCACGACCACAGACAACUCAGCCGUGACUAAGAUUACCAAUGUCUUACUUCUCUCCCUUCUACUCGCUCUUCCUUCACUUGUACUUAACCUCAUGCAAUAGCUGAA